AUGGGAGAUAGUCUGACCCAAUUGCAAGAUGCUGUUGACCAGCUCGCGCAGCAGUUUGUCGCAUCCUUGCACUUUGUCCACCGAAGACACGAUCUCAAGACUCUGGGGCCCAACGACAAGGUUCGCGAUGUGAAGCAGGAGCCGACUCAGAAAGAAGUCGACCCUCUCCCCGAGGACGAAUUCGCGGCCGGCCUCAACGAACUCUCGCGCGAUCUCAUCUUUAAAGAGCAGCAAAUCGAAUACUUGAUAUCGCUCCUGCCAGGAUUAAACAAUAGCGAACAGGAUCAGGAAAAGGCCAUCAAGGACCUUGAAGAGGACCUGAAAGCGGCUGAAGCAGAGAGACAAGAGGCGCUGAAAGAACGCGAUGGGAUCCUUACGCAACUGGAUUCGGUGAUUUGCAGUAUCCGGCGACCUUAG